AUGUACCUGGACUGGCUGGUGAAAGGUGAGCCCGACGCGGCGAAGUCGGCCAGGGCCUCUGAGUCUGGUACGGACCCGGCUGUGCAGGCACAGAUUUCUGAAGAGCUGCGCCCCUUCCAGGAUGCAAUGGACUGGGACGGUGCACUGUCUUUGCUGGCGUCGGUUGAUCCGACGAAGGCAAGCAUAAGGCUGAAAGGAUCAUGCCCAACAACUGGCCGGCGCCUUUGUGAAGCUUUCGACGAGUUUUACUUAGCCGGUGUUGUCUGCGACCUAGGUGGCCCGAACUCCUCCCAAGCCGACUGGGAGAGGAUCGCGGCACCGCCACUUGGCGAGAUCCUCCUGUUUGUAUUCCUCUGUGGGACGGGCGGCAUCCAGACUUGGAGCCCUUUGAAAAGCGAUCCGUGA